AUGGCGAGUUGGGAUUCACUCGCCAACAAACUAAAGACGCUCAAAGAUUUCUCCAAGAAGGACACCAUCUCAGGGAAAUCUGCGCAGGCAAGAUUCAACACGCUCGUGGCUUCUCAUCGCAAGUUCGACAGGAAGUCAGAGGGCGCGUGGGGCAUUGAUCAGCGCUACGCGGAGAAGAGACAACUGCUCGAUGACCUUGUUUCGCAGUUCGAUGAGCAUGAGCGAGAUGAAGGUCGUUGUAUUCGAGAGCGGAAGGAUAAGCUCGCGGCAGAAGAGAACGCAGGCAAAGUUAUGCGGGACGCUGGCCUGAAGCGCAUGAAGGAGCGUAAAAAGAAGGCGAGGACCAAGCUGAUGCGGACAAAAGUGCCAAGCGUUACAAGCCCAGCGUCAUUGACUUGA